UUAUUCUGAACUUCAGUUGUAGUUGUGGGUUACUACUGUUUAAAAUGAAAGUGUUGAUUGGAUUCGCUUGCUUGGCCUUGGCCUUAGCAGUCUCUGCGGAGGUCUUUGUAACGGAGCAGGAGUCUCCUCUCUACAACUACCACACCCGAUUUGGUAUCCCCGAAGCCCAGAGGAUAAAGAAAGCCGAAGAAUCUGCCGCCCUUGGAGAAAGAAUCGUCGGUGGAUCAAUCAGCUCUAUUGCCGACACUCCCUACCAGGCUGGUCUUGUGAUUCAAAUCUUUAUCAUCCUGACAUCAGUCUGCGGUGCUUCACUUAUCUCCAACACUCGCUUGGUGACUGCUGCCCAUUGCUACAAUGACGGAUCAGUUACCGCUAACUCCUUCACUGUUGUCCUUGGAUCCAACACCCUGUUCAGCGGCGGUACUCGCAUCCCCACCACCAACAUCGUUAUGCACCCCCAGUGGAAUCCAAGCACUGCCGCUAAUGAUGUCGCCAUCAUCAACAUUCCUUCAGUUACUUUUAGCAAUGUGAUCCAGCCUAUCGCUCUCCCCAGUGGCAGCGAUCUGAACAACAACUUUGCUGGCUGGUCCGCUUUGGCUUCAGGCUACGGUCUUACAAGUGACGGUGGUAGCAUCGGUAACAACCAGCAAUUGAGCUCGGUAACCCUGAACAUUAUAACCAACAACGUCUGCGCUGCUACCUUCGGUCCUUUCGUGCAUUCCUCAAACGUCUGCACCAGCGGUGCUGGUGGCCAGGGAACCUGCAGGGGAGACUCCGGUGGCCCUCUUGCUGUCCAGAUCAACGGACAGAGCACCUUGGUUGGUGUCACUUCCUACGGAGCUCAGGCUGGAUGCGCCGCUGGUUUCCCCGCCGCCUUCGCCAGAGUCACCUCCUUCGUCAACUGGAUCAACUCUGCUUAAUCUCAUAAUAUUAAAUCUCUUUCUGUCUAUGGUAACGGUUCUUCUAUAUAAACCGAAGUAGCAUUGUAAUAAUUUACACCAUCAUACCAAAUGACUAAUUUAUAAAUGUUACUAUUAUGUAUAAAUAAAUCAAUUAAUUAAUCUAAAA